ACAACAACAACACAUAAGAUAUAAAUAAUCAGAGCUGGACAAAGGCAGUGGGAAGUUCAGAGAUACGCUGCGGCACGCUGGACGUGAAGGCUCCUUCCCUAUGGAUGCCCAGCUUCAGGGCCAGCAGGCCGCCAUGCCGGGGUGUCAGCCACAGAAGCCUCUGCAGCCUGAUAUGGGGUACAAUUCCCUUGCCAAUUUUCAGAUUGAGAAGAAAAUUGGAAGAGGACAGUUUAGUGAGGUGUACCGUGCCAGGUACUUGCUCGACAACACAUCUGUAGCCUUGAAAAAAGUCCAGAUAUUCGACUUGAUGGAUGCCAAAGCUCGGCAAGAUUGCAUCAAAGAAAUAGACCUCCUUAAGCAAUUGAACCAUCCUAAUGUAAUCAAAUACUAUGCAUCAUUCAUUGAAGAGAACGAACUUAAUAUAGUUCUGGAGCUUGCAGAUGCCGGAGACCUUUCCCAAAUGAUAAAGCACUUCAAGAAGCAGAGGAGGCUCAUUCCGGAGAGGACCGUGUGGAAGUACUUCGUUCAGCUGUGCAGUGCCCUCACACACAUGCACUCCAGACGCGUCAUGCACAGAGACAUAAAACCAGCUAAUGUGUUCAUUACUGCCACUGGGGUAGUAAAACUGGGGGACCUGGGGCUGGGCCGCUUCUUCAGCUCCAAAACCACGGCAGCUCAUUCCUUAGUGGGCACCCCUUAUUACAUGUCUCCCGAGAGGAUACAUGAAAACGGGUACAACUUCAAGUCUGACAUCUGGUCGCUGGGCUGCUUGCUCUAUGAGAUGGCAGCCCUCCAGAGCCCCUUCUACGGAGAUAAAAUGAACCUGUACUCUCUGUGUAAGAAGAUAGAGCAGUGUGACUACCCUCCCUUGCCGUCGGAUCACUACUCUGAAGAGCUGAGAAAGUUAGUGGACAUGUGCAUCAACCCUGACCCCGAGAAGAGGCCUGACAUCACUUACGUGUACGACAUUGCCAAGCAGAUGCUGGAGAUGACACACACCAACUAGGCUUCCAAAAGAAGAGGCUCCAAGUUGUAACACGUGUUUUUAUCAUAUGUUUAAUUUAUCACUUUCGCUGAAUAACAUGCUCCCAAUAUGAAGAUACAGGAGAAAUAAAGUUAAGUGCUUCUCCUUAGUUAUUUUCCCGUUGAAGUCAUAGUCAUUUGCUCUAAUUGGUACGUUAAGGGGAUUGUGCUGAAAUGGUGCUUAAAUAGCAAACAGAUGUAGUUCUAUAGCUACUGUCCUAUAAUGUUAAAGCACCACCCACUGGUUAAGGCAUGUUCCCCUCAGUAUUAUUGAGUAGCUAGCACAAUUCUGUCAAUUUUGUUAUUCGUAAAUGUAGUUUACACCAAGUUGCCUCUGAAAAUGAAUCAUGUUUACAGAACAGUCAUGAAAAUAUUACAAAUAAAAUGUUGUACCGAUGAACAUUUUGUACUUAAGACGUGAUCAUGGUCCUCUGCCAAUUGCUUAAAUUUGAAUGAAUGUAUUCAUAUUUAUCUUUGAAGUUGUCACGUGUUGAACAAUAUACAGUACAAUUAAUGAAGAGCACAGUCCUUGUUAAGAUCUGUUCAGUAAACAUAUCUUACCUCAGUGCCUUCCUAGAUUGUAUUCU